GAAUUUCUUCUUCUUUUCUUGUUAAAUCACAAGAUUUGGGGCUUAGAAUCUUCCCUCUCAACCUAGAAAUCCCGGAUCUGCUCUGCUUCUUCCUCCCUUGUCCGUCGGGUUCUGCUGGGUUUGAAUCCUUUGGUCUUUCUUGCCCAGUAAGCCCCCUGCAGAAUUGCCGCCGGCUUUCUUCCCAGCCGGACCUGGUGUGGCUUGUCGGAAAAUUCUGGUUCCUGAUCGUUCUGUCAGUUUAGCAUUGAGAUCGAGUCUUCGGUUUUGUGCGAAUGAGGAAGCGAAAUUGAGGACGGGAAACCAAGGGGAGUGACGAGUUAGAAGGCUAGCAAUUUUGUAAAGUGAAUAUAGAUUUGAGAUAUAGAUCAUAAUCUUGUAAACUAAAGUUUAAUUGGAGAUUUUAUACAUUCAUUUAAUGGAUUGUUAGUUUACAAAAGAUUUGACCCUGAGAUUUUGAGUUUAAGUCAUGUUGGACAUAAAAUUAAUUUUGAAAUAUUUGAUCUAAGUUAUUGGAUUGUCAGACAUGAAUUGGAUAAGUUCUGAGCCUUGUGCAUUCGUGGGACCCAUUCACGAGUGCACGGCAUCUGUCGUGUCUCGAAUUCGGGUUUUGGGGUGUGAUAAGAUGCUAGCCCCCCCUCAAGUUCUGGCUAUCUUUGCCUUUCGGGCUUCCAUUUUAGGAGGAAUCGUCUCUCUCACUCACAAUUUUCUAGUUCUAAGUCACCACCAUCUCCUUGAAACCUUGAAUACUUGCUGUUGUAAGCCUACAAGAAGAGGUACUAAAACCAAAGACGUGGGAAAACUGAGGGGAGUGAUGAGCUAGAAGGCUAGCCAUUUGUGUUUCAAACUUAGAUUAUCUUGGAGUUAGACUAGCCACAUAUAUUUGGACUUAGCUUAUUUUGUAAUUAGAUUUGUAGUAAAAUUUUAUUUUCAGA